AUGGGUCUCGCGGGCAUCCUCAAGAAGGUCAUUCGCAAUGAUGCGAUGAAGACUGACCCCGAGGAGAUUUACAACUGGCGUGUCUUCGCCAUCGUCGCCGGCUCAUGCUUUGGAGGCAUGUUGUUCGGUUGGGACACUGGAGCUAUCGGUGGUGUCCUUGCCAUGAAGGCCACACAGGAUCGAUUCAACUAUACUCCUGAGGCCAAGGUUACACUUGACCAGAACAUUGUCUCUACCCUCCAGGCUGGUUGUUUCGCUGCUUGUUUCUUCACUUCGUACUUUACUGAGAAGUUUGGUCGACGAUGGUGUCUCGUCGGAACCGGCACAGUCACCACUAUCGGUGUUAUUCUUCAGGCUGCCUCUACUGCUAAUGGUUCUCUUCCCCUCAUGUACGUUGGUCGCUUUGUUGGUGGUCUGGGCGUCGGAGCUGCUUCAUCCUUGGUGCCCCUUUACGUGUCUGAAUGUGCACCUCGAGCUAUCCGUGGUGGUUUGACCUCCUUCUAUCAGCUAUUCAUCGUUACUGGCGUCAUGCUUUCAUUCUGGGUCAACUAUGGUGCUCUUCUCCACCUCAAGGCUCCCACGGUCUACGCUCUGCCUCUAGCUCUCCAGGCUCUUCCCGCCGUCCCUCGAUGGUGUGCACGCAAGGAUGACUGGGAACGUGCCAAGUCUAUUCUCAUCAGCCUUCGCAUGCUUCCCGAGGACCACGAGUAUGUCCAGGCUGAGCUUCAGGAGAUGUCUGCUCAGCUUGAAGCUGAGAAGCGAUUGACUGGCGACGCCUCUGCCUCAACUCUCUGGAAGGAACUCGUCACCAUUCCCGGUAACCGAAAGCGAGCCAUCAUCUCUGUUCUGCUCAUGAUCUGUCAACAAAUGACUGGUGUUAACGCCGUCAACUACUACGCUCCUCAGAUCUUCCAAUCUCUGGGUAUGACUGGUACAACCGUCUCACUCUUUGCCACUGGUGUCUACGGUAUCGUCAAGGUCUUGGGCUGUGCCGCUUUCCUCAUCUUCUGUGCCGACUCUCUCGGUCGACGACGUAGUCUUCUGUGGACCAGUGCUGCUCAGGCUUUUACAAUGUACAUCAUCGGUAUCUACGGUCGUGUCGAGCCUCCUGUUGCUGGACAAGGCAUCUCUGCUUUUGGAUACGUUGCCAUUGUUUGCAUUUACCUCUGGGCUGCUCUAUUCCAGUUCGGUUGGGGACCUUGCUGCUGGAUUCUCGUCUCUGAGAUCCCCACUGCCCGUCUUCGAGCUCUUAAUGUCGCCAUCGGUGCCGCUACUCAGUGGCUGUUCAACUUCAUCAUUGCCCGAACUGUCCUGACCAUGCAAAAGACCAUGGGGCCUGCCGGCUACGGCAUGUUCUUCAUGUUCGGCAGUUUCGAUCUUCUCAUGGGUAUCUUUGUCUGGUUCUUCGUUCCUGAGACCAAGGGUCUCAGCCUGGAGCAGAUGGACGAGCUCUUUGGCGUUGGCGACCUUCACAGCAAGCUCGAUGCCGAGGGUCCUGAGGGCGCCCGCACGCCCAGCAUCCGGGAAGAAGUUGCCGACAUCAAGAACACCAAGCACUAA